CAGAGGGUAAUGGCAGGGGCAUGGAAUCAACGGCUGCCUCCCUCCUCCGCCUCCCGCUUAUAUAUAAGCAGGUGCUCCUUCCACCGGCCAUCCUAACAGCGCGAUCGACCGACGGGUCACACUCCUGGAGACCUACCGCUCGAUUCCGGCCGCCGGCCACUCCCGAUCUUCCGAUCAUCCCCGCCCGUCGAGAAAGACCGAUUUCGGCGCCCGGCUCCUAAUUCCGACGUCGCUUUUCUCUUCCAGAGCGACGCCGCCUCUGUUCAGGUACUGAAAAACCUUUACGAUGGAGAAAGUUGCGUGCAAUGGACAGGAGAACUCUACCAAUCAUGCAAAAGCUUCACAGGCAAGGGUUGAUCCAGGGGUUCCUCCCUCAUUGACAUGGCAUCGGAAAUUGAAUUGGGAGGGAAAACCUCUCUCAUCGUUCAGUCUGACUAAAUUAGAGAUGUUGACGAUGGCUCCAAUCGGUUAUCGGUUUUGGCGCUAUGUGAAGGAAGAGGAAUCGAAAGGACGGAAGCCAAUAAACGACUUCUUCCACCCUCCCAAAAUCCUUCCUUGCCAAGGUGUCCCCCUCGGCGGCAUCGGUGCAGGAAGCAUCGGCAGGAACUACAAGGGCGAGUUCCAAAGAUGGCAGCUCUUCCCCGCAGAGUGGCAAGAGGAUCCCGUCCUGGCAAAUCAAUUCUCUGUCUUCUGUUCUCGCUCAAACGGUCAAAAGUUUUCCUCUGUUCUAUGCCCUGGAUGCCCAGAUGCCGUCAAAGAAAGUAGUGAUUCUGGCAUUAGAUCUUGGGAUUGGAAACUCGAUGGAAAAAACUGUACUUACCAUGCACUAUUUCCAAGGGCGUGGACUGUAUAUGAUGGUGAACCUGAUCCAGAACUAAAAAUAGUUUGCAGACAAAUAUCACCUUUUAUACCCCAUAACUACAAGGAAAGCAGCUUUCCAGUUUCAGUAUUCACAUUCGAGCUAACCAAUUCUGGCAGCACUGCGGUUGAUGUUAAUCUGCUUUUCACAUGGACAAACUCAGUUGGGGGGAGCUCUGAGUUAUCUGGUGGACAUUCCAAUUCUAUAUUUACGAAGAAGCAUGGUGUGCAAGGGGUACUUCUAAAUCACAAGACAGCAAACGGUCAAUCCCCGAUUACUUUUGCCAUAGCAUCGCAGGAGACUGAGGAUGUUCAUGUAUCUGAAUGCCCUUGCUUUAUAGUAUCUGGUAAUGGUAGAGGAUUAUCGGCAGAAAAGAUGUGGUGCCAUAUCAAAGAGCAUGGGUCAUUUGAUCAGCAUGUUCCUGAUGGGAACAUACUGCCUUCAGAGAAGGGAUCAUCGAUUGGAGCUGCAGUACUUUCCUCUGUUACAGUUCCAUCCUAUCAAGCGCGUACAGUUACAUUCUCUUUAGCAUGGGCCUGCCCAGAGCUCAGGUUUGCUAGUGGUAAAACAUAUCAUAGACGAUAUACCAAAUUUUAUGGCUUCAAUGGUGAUGCUGCAGCAGAUCUUGCACAUGAUGCUAUUAUGGGUCAUCAAGAAUGGGAAUCUCAAAUUGAAAUGUGGCAGCAUCCUAUUCUCCAAGAUAAAAGGCUUCCAGAUUGGUAUCCAGUCACUCUGUUCAAUGAGCUCUAUUAUCUAAAUGCUGGCGGAACAAUAUGGACUGAUGGCAUGCCUUGUAUUCAGAACAAAUUUUCUACUAUUGAUGAAAAGGUUUCCUCUAAUAAAACCACUUCCCAGAGCAAAAAUAUCGAUACUUCAGUUAUUGUCCUUGAUAGGAUCACUACUGCUCUUGAUAAGACACGAAGCUCAAGUGCAUCAAAUGCAGCUUUUGGACCUACAUUUCUUGAAGAGGGAGAAGAGAAUGUUGGACAGUUCUUGUAUCUUGAAGGAAUAGAAUACCUUAUGUGGAACACUUAUGAUGUGCAUUUUUAUGCGUCAUAUGCUCUUAUCAUGACGUUUCCCAAACUUGAACUCAGCAUCCAAAGAGAUUUUGCAGCAGCAAUAAUGAUGGAUGACCAGGGAAAAGUAUAUACAAUCGUUGAUGGGAAGUGGGCUACUAGGAAGGUUAUUGGUGCUGUACCUCAUGAUAUUGGACUUCAUGAUCCAUGGUUUGAAGUAAAUGCCUACAUUCUGCAUGGUACAAGUAAAUGGAAGGACUUGAACCCAAAAUUUGUGCUCCAAGUUUAUAGAGACUUCAUUGCAACUGGGGAUAUGGCAUUUUGUCGUGCUGUCUGGCCAUCAGUUUAUGUUGCCAUGGCUUACAUGGAGCAAUUUGACAAAGAUGAAGAUGGGAUGAUCGAGAAUGAAGGUAUUCCUGAUCAGACCUAUGACUUGUGGUCUGUAACUGGCGUGAGUGCUUAUACUGGAGGGCUUUGGGUGGCAGCACUAGAGGCAGCUUCUGCCAUGGCACAUGAAGUUGGUGAUAAGAUUUCUGAAGAUAUGUUCUGGGCUAAGUAUGAAAAGGCUAAAAAGGUCUACAAUACAUUGUGGAACGGAUCUUAUUUGAAUUAUGAUAACAGUGAUGGCCCUACAAGCUCAUCAAUUCUAGCAGAUCAAUUGUCUGGACAUUGGUAUGCUAGGGCUUGUGGUCUUGCCCCAGUUUUGGAUGAAGAAAAGGUACAUACUGCACUUGAGAAGAUUUAUAACUUCAACGUGUUACAAUUUAAAGAUGGCAAAUGGGGGGCUGUCAAUGGGAUGCUACCGAAUGGUAGGGUUGACACAACAGCAAUGAUGUCAAAAGAGGUAUGGCCUGGAGUGACUUAUGGUUUGGCAGCCACUAUGAUACAAGAAGGCAUGGAAGAGAUAGCUUUUAAAACAGCAAGAGGAGUAUAUGAAGCUGUUUGGUCUCAGGAAGGACUUGGUUGUGCAUUUCAAACACCUGAAGGCUGGACAUGUGACGAAAAAUACCGUUCUAUCUCUUAUAUGAGGCCUCUUGCUAUCUGGGCAAUGCAUUGGGCUUUGUCGCCACCAAAACAUGUUAAGGAAGUACUCACAUCAAGAAAAUCUGAAGAUGAUAUGAUCAAACACCAUAUUGGAUACAAAAAUGUUUCAGAAAUAUUGAAGUUGCCUAAAGAGAAGUCAAGGAGCUUCCUCCACAUUCUUUAUGACCAUACUUGCAGAAGAUGGUGGACUUAGUAGUCGAUUGUGAUUGGACUUGUAAUAAGUUCUUGCAAAAAUUAUUACAUUUUAAGAGUUCUCCAGUCAAGGAGCUUCCUCCACAUUCUUUAUGACCAUACUUGCAUAAGAUGGUGGACUUAACAGUCCAUUGUGAUUGCACUUGGAAUAAGUUCUUGCAAGAAUUAUUACAUUUUAAGAGUUCUCCAGUGGCAUAUCCCUCCCAAAGGACACAUUAUCUCUUUUGUGUAAAAUUUUAAGUAUUUUGAAUAAAUGGC